GAGCGGCCGUCGUGGUAGAUUCGAGUCCGGCCGAGCUGCGAAUCCGGGAAACGAAUCCCCUCCCCCUCCCCGCUCUCAACGGUUUUUUCCUCUCAUAAACGUCGACAUGACGUACCCAGGGUUCGGAGCGUAUGGAGCUUACCGUGGGCAGGUGCCAAUGCAAAUGGCAAUGGGUCAGCCCGUUCCUGGAGGAGUGCAGAGUGUGGCCCAUGGUGGAUCUCCUGGCUAUUCUGUGUAUUCUGGUGCCUAUGCUGCAGCCGCUGCUGCUGAUCCCUUGUGGACAUUUUUCAGUGCUAUUGCUGGACAGGAUGGUGAAGUGGAUGCUGAGGAGCUACAGAGAUGUCUAACCCAGUCUGGAAUCAGUGGAACUUACUCUCCAUUCAGCUUGGAGACGUGCAGAAUUAUGAUAUCAAUGUUGGAUAGAGAGAAUACUGGGAAAAUGGGAUACAAUGAAUUUAAGGAACUCUGGGGCGCGCUCAGUGCUUGGAAACAAAAUUUCAUGAUGAUAGAUCAAGACCGAAGUGGAACUGUGGAACUUCAUGAAUUGACUCAAGUCAUUGUAGCUAUGGGUUAUAGGCUAAGCCCACAGACAUUAAUUUCUAUUGUAAAACGUUACAGCAAGAAUGGCAGAAUCUUUUUUGAUGACUAUGUGGCUUGCUGCGUGAAGCUUCGGGCUUUGACGGAUUUCUUUAGGAGAAGAGACAGCAUGCAACAGGGCAUUGUGAAUCUUGUAUACGAUGAUUUCUUGCAGUGCACCAUGGCUAUCUGAGUGCCAAUUGUGGAAGAAAAUUCCAUGUAUAAUUUCAACUACUUUGAGAAAACUAACUGAAAAUGCUGUGAAAAUGAAGCUGCCAUUGAUUUUUCCACAUUUCUGCCUGCUAAUGCAUCAUUUCUGUAUAAAUAUAUUUGACUUUUAGUGUGUAGUUUGACAAUAAACAAAUGUUCACAUUUUACAGUAAUUCUUAGAAGUGUGCCAUUCUUUAUGCAUAUGGAUGGUAGACUUUUUAUAUUUUGGGAUUAUGCUCUCAGGAUUGAUAAGAGGAAACAAUCACAUUUCAUGUAAUGGUUAUAAACAGGGUUUAGUUUAUCUUAAGGUGCACUCCCCCAAUACCUGCUGGCUUAAAUGGCAAUAAAGAUUAGCUGUAAUUGGCAUUCUAGUGUUCUACAACCUCAGUUGUUUCAUGUGCUGCACGCCUAUGAAAUAAUAAAUGCCUGGAAUAAAAAAAUUAGUAUUUGUCACAAGUACAAACUUAAAACAUAUUUCUUCUUCGGGAUGUUCAGUAGAUUUAUUUGACUGUAGACUAGUAUAACAUGUUCAUAGUGAAGAUUAUAUUUAAUGGUAGUUGAAAACUUUUUGUUUAACUAUUUUUAUCCUCUUGAAGAUGUAAUCCUCAGAAGAAUUCAUGUGCCUCUCUAGAGCACCCAUUUUUUCCUUUAAAUGUUCUCUCAUAGAUGUGUGAAAGAAAAAGUCCUAAUUGACCCUUUCUUGUUCUCACCUAAAAUUCCCAUAUUAUUUGAACAAACUUGUGAACAAAUGCCUGAGCAGAUUGAUUACAGAAGCCAUAGAUGUGUGCAUCAUGUACAGUGCAUGGUAGUUACUACCAGAAACAAGAACAACGUUGACUACCUGGGAAGCUGUUGGUAUGAAGUAGCCCCUUGCAUGGUUGUGAUAAUUUCAGCCAGGCCAGCUUAUUGGUGCCAUUUUCUUUUUCUAGUAGCUACUAUUCUGCAAGUUUAAUGUGUAAAUGGAUGCAUACUGGUCUUUUUUCUUUUACUAUUCAACCCAAAUCUUGCAUCUGUUCAUUAUUUGUGAGUAUAGUGAAACUUCAAGUUAGGAUAGCAACGCUUUCCAGGCUUUGAUCAAUGGGCUUGAUAACGUUUGGGGUCUACAAGAUAUGUUGAGAUGAAUCUGCAGCCCAGCCUUAUGAGCCGCUAUGCAGGUGCUGCUGCCCUAGGUAGUGGGAGGGAGACAAGGUUAGGAUAGGGCAGUUGCAGCAGCAGGCGUCAACAGAUGUACAACAAUAUAUUGUUUCCUCUGUGCUACAAAGAGCACCAAGCAAGCUCUGAUGAGGGCAGAAUUGGACAGCCCUCUAUAUUGUUAGCCCCACUGGAAACAGCCAGAGGUCUAUUCAGUGGUGCAGCCUUGUUGACAUUUCUUGACAUAUUUGAUGGCAUGAUGAAAGCUGCAUGUUCUGACCAAUUUGCUCAGCCAAGGAUACAUUUCUUAGCUGCCAAGGCACAAAUCCAGGUUCAUUCCACUGCUAAACAUUUUAAGGGUCAAUUUGCCUAUUGUGAUUUUAAAAAAAUUCUUGUGCUGAGAAAGAUUGUUUUUAGAAUGGAAUCAGUAAUGUAUGGAUUUAACACUUCAGUUGUUUGUGUCUUGCAGCAUCUACCCAUAGAAUCACACUAGUAUAAUGGACUCUUUUCUAAAAGGAUCUUGCAUUAUCAUCCAGUCCCUGUAACUCGUAUUGGCAGUUUAAAAUCAAAGUUCUGAAAUCAUUGACACUCUUCGUAUGCAUAUUUUGCUGUUCACAAUUGUUGAGUAAUAGUUGUAGAUUAUUUGCAAUCUGCUACGUAGCGAUUUUCGUACAUUCUGAAAUAACUGGAUACUGUUCUAACUGUACAAAUGUAGUAACUAUUUUCAGUGCCAUUCCAGGCAAUUGUUUGGAAAUAAACUUGGAACUCGCUUUAUAUUCUUUCAUACCAAGACGGUGUAAAUCUGAGAUGAUACAGUUCUUGAGCACUACAGUAAUGUUGCAGGAUAUGCUAGAUCUUUUUUAUUUAUUUAUUUAUUUAUUUAUUUAUUUAUUAAACUUUGAUUUUGUUGAAAGCAUUAGCACAGCAUGGUAGGUGACAGUUGUAGGUGGGAGAAGAUAACUUUGUGAUGAUUCUUAACUUUGAAGUGUGCGAGACCAGCUAUACAAUUCCGAAGAAAAAGUUGUAGUACAACUCCUUUAAAUCUCUCUUGCUACAUACACAGGUGGAGUUCAUGCAUGUUUCCAGUCUUUCAAAAAUGAUUUUUUGGUAGAAGGGUAGCAUUAUACUAGGAAUAUCCCAACUCCCACCAACCCCAGUCAGUAUGGGCAGUGAUCAUGAAAACGUAUUAAAUAACAGCUGACAGGAUACAGAUUCCACAUUCCUAUGUUUUACACUUCUCACUGCUAUUUUUCUCUGUACACAAAAUUUUCUACUUCCUCGAUCAUGCAAAUAUGUGAGGCUGCCUUAAUGAUUAAGAGGAAUCUAUCAGAUUACAUACACUGCAUAUUGCCAGUUCUAUUAGGGAUGACUUGGGAAGAUCAGUCUGUACUCUUUGCAUGUCAUAACUGAUGUAACAAAAAAUAAUUAGAUGCAGCAACUGCUGCCAAGUGUCCCAAAAUAAUGUAGGAUCACAAAUGAAUAACCAGCGAUUGUGCAUACAGCUGAAAAAAGAUCUAAAGGUAUAGAUAUGUUUGGAUGAUACACAUAAAAGCAAACUCUUUUUGCAAGCCUGCACAUCUUCAUUAUCCUGGAGUCUGUCUUAAUGGCGGGAGGUAGUUGGACCUGAAACACAUAGCUGGAAGAUUGGGAAGGCUAGCUAGUGGUGUCCAAUUUAAUUUCUAAAAAUUAACCCAUAGAAAGGAGUAUUGAGAUCUGGUUGAGAUGUCUGAAAAUUACUGAAGCCCAAGGGUUGGUGCAAGUCAGUGAGGUGACACUGUUCAGACUGUGACUGCAAGGCUCACUGAUCCUCCGGCCACCAUUUAAGUAAUAACUGGGAUAAGUGAGGCUCAACCCCUCCAGUGAAGGCAAGUGAGAUACCCUCUCCCCAGAGGUGGCUAGUGUCCAUUGGGGCUAGUGAGGCAGAAGCAGGAAGACCAGCAGUAAGUGCAGCCAGAAUCAAAGGCAGGUGGGAGAAAAACUAGAAAUGAGAUUAAAAGGAGGGCAUGGAUGUCAGUGUUGCCUUCUGGAGCGUUGCAAGAAGGCAGGGAAAUGGGGAUUGGCUGAGCACAGAUUGAGUUUGCAGUGCUACAUUUGCAAUGGACCUGCCUCUCCCCUAAACCCCCUGUUUGUCUAACCUCGGACAUGAUACUUGCAUCUCUUUCAAUUAAAAUCAUGAAUGGCUUUGAGCAUUAAAAACACACACAAAAAAAAUAGCAAAGCCAUCUAGAACAUUUUAAACUACUGCCAUAUGUGGCAAUCACUAUGACUAGCAGAAGCAAAAUCUUCCAAGGGCAAUUUGAGCAGGCCUAUCUCCAUGCUGCCAAACAUCUGGUGGCUUGCUCCUGAUAGCUGGAGAGGAGAAAUGCAAAUGUGGGUAUAAACAAACCAACGCUUCCUUGCUUCAGUGAGGCACAACUAAAGCUCAGAGAAAACAGCAACCACGCAACCCUUCAGUUCUACAGAUGCAUCUGUAUCUAAACUUUAGACAGAAGGCUCAGGCUGCAUGCCACCACCGUGUUGUAAAUAGGCUAAAUUUCAGGAGAACCUAAUAAAAAUUGCUGAAAUAAUUUAAAAACAUGUUUUGAGGGGCAAUUUGUUGUUUUCGUUUGCAGCUGGUUUGGGGGCACAAAAAACAUAGCCCCACUUUUCCUUUAACUUAAAUUUGACUUAAAUUUCCUCAGUAUUCAAUAAUAUUGGAGCUCCAUCUUCUAUAACUGAUAUUUCUCAGUAUCAGUAUCAAAACCUUUAUUGGCAUCACUUACAAACAUUCAAAGUAAAUAGGCCAGUAUGAUUUCAUCACCAUAUCAUCAGUACAGUCACUUGCCAAAGGGAAGAGCGGACAACAAUCUCAUCUCUGUGGGUCUCCAACAAGGGCAGGGUCCUGUAAUGAACUUCGGCAGCAAAAGAUCAAAUAGAGGAAUUUAGCUACUGUCUUGGUGAGCUCCUGAUCUCUCCCCUGUAAUAGGAAGCGUAUAACCUCUGUCUCCGGUUUCCAUAUUGGAAUACAUAGUUGGUCUACUGUAGGAAUUGCUGGCAGAGAUCAUCAUACAUUUUACAAUUGAGGACCAUGUGAGCUAGAGUUUCCACCAGGUGGGCAUCACAUGGGCAGAUCCUAUCUCCUUCUGCCAUCCCCACGAACCUACCCCAGAGGAGGUUAGAGGGAUUAGAAUUGAACCUAGCCAGUGAAAAAGCCCUUCUUUCUUGCGGGUUAAACAAAAAUAGUAAAUAAUUGGGGUUAAAUUCCUGUGCCCAAGAAAGUCGAAAAUAAAAAGGGGAACAUGUUUUUUUCCGCAUCUGAAAUUAGUUCCUGUCCCAUAGCCUAGUUUUUAACAUGGAUUUGGCUAUUGGGAAAGCCACGGCACCUAAGAGAUCCUCUGAAAGUCCAAGUUGCCGUAUCUUUGUACAAAACAGUCGUAGUCCUAGGGAAGGGAAGGAGUCUGACAGAACUUCGCUAAGUAAAGUGUCUUUGUCUGCUGAAAAGCAAAUGUUUAGCCAGCAUAAUAGAAAACUCAUCUAGGCAACUGUCUCUAGCUUAUGUUGGCCUCCUUCAAGACAUAAGGUUGCAUAAGGUACACAGCAUGGGACAGCGAAAAUCUUGAAUAGAAAGGCUGUCUGCACUCGCUCCACUGACUGGGUAAACCCUGACUUCCAGGUUGGAAUUCCAUAGAGCAGCUGAGUUCUAACUUUGGCAUUAAAAACCUUAGGGGCAGAUAGAAGAGAUGUGUUGGUUACCUCUUGUUCCAAAGAAGCACAUUAUGGCCUGCACAGACAGCGUACGGGUGUUUACCGCCACUGCGAGGUGCGAGGACCACCGGAGCCUGUGACGGAAAGUGGUCCCCAGAUAGUUGAACUCGGAUACCUGCUGGAUGUGUUUCCCACCAAAAAGCCAACUAUAGCUCUUACGAGAAUUCCCGAAAACCCAUUAUUUUGCUUUUACUGUAUUGAAGUUCAUGCUCAUUUUCAUUCUGGACAGAUAGCCAAUAGAGGCAUUUAACAGAUGCUUUAAAACAAUUCUUGUCCGUGAGAGCAGGAUCAUGUCAUCUGCAUAUAGGAGGAUGGGAAUUUUUGAUGCAUUGAGUUUUGGGCUGUGAGCAUCCACCAGUUUUAACUGAUAUUUCUGGAACAGACUAUUACUGUGUACAUGGAUUUGUGGACUUUAACCUAAUUGUACUAACAUUACAUUGCUAGCUGUUAGUGCAGGUACCUAAAGUUUCUGAAGUGCUCUAACUCAUUUUCAUCUGCAGAAUACUACUGUUGUUCCUCAAGCCUUCUUUUAAUAAGAUCAACAAGUUUUUUUAGGCUGAAACUUCCUACACAUAUUGAUCAGAGAAUAAGUCUCAAUAAAUUCAAUGGGAAUUACUUCUGAGUGGACACAGAAUCUCACGGUUAAUCUCUGCUUAUAAGACAGUUCCCAAUUCCAAUAUUUUAGGUGUCAUCUUUUCAGUUUGGACCGAGUAGGAGUAAAUAAUUCAAUUUACAGAGAGAAGAAAGUUCACAUGUGUUUACCACAGCGACUGAAAUGGCUUUCGCCUUAAUGCAUAGGCUCACAAUAAACUUAGGUGAGAGUCAACGAGUUCCUUAAAGAAUCUCAGCGUUACUGCCUUAAACAGAGUUUCGCUGGUUAGUAAU